AUGGCCACCACCAUCACCAGCACAACUUCUUCAACAUACAACACCACCACCCGCCACACCUUGUCUAGGAGAAAUAACGGUCGCGGCGGUCUCUCGUCCAUUUCGACUCCCAACCUCAACCAGAUCUACAACGCACACUCGACCACGGCGACGCGCCCCGGCCCGCCCGUGCCCCAGUUGCUCUCGCGCAAAGGCUCCGUUGCCGCCCUGACGCAGAACUCGCUGGCCAGCAUUCCGGAUGAUAGUGAAGCCUACGCCUACAACCAGGUUCUGGCCAGCGAAAACACCAACAUCAUGCCGUCCCCGCUUACCCCCGGCCGCCUUGGGGGUGCCGCCGGCGGAGAGGAUGUCCAGGUGGGCGAUGUCAUCGAUGUGCCGGGCAACAUGACGGGCACCAUCCGCUUCAUCGGUCCCGUCACAGGUCGCAAGGGCACUUUUGUUGGUGUCGAGCUGCAUCCCGACUUUGCAGGCCGCGGCAAGAACAGCGGUGAUGUCGACAGUGUUUUCUAUUUCAGAACCAAGGAUCCAAACAUGGGCAUCUUUCUUCCCAUUUCCAAAGCCGUCAAACGAGAACCACCACCCAUCAUGCCGACGAAUUCGUAUCCUCUCACCCCGGCCAGCGGCGGAGGUCUGAAGGUCGGAACUCAAUACUCGACAAACUUUACGCCACCGACUCCUGGUGUGCCGAAAUUCAGCCAGUCCGUUGGCCCAGGCCGUGCCACGAGCCCUGUCGGCAAGAAGCCUACGCGCCCGUCGCUGCCGCGUCCGGAGUCGCCUGUGAGAAGGCUGCAGAUGACGCCGGCGCCGAGACCCUCGAUCGGGGCACCCGCUCCCCCACGAUACGGCAGCCCGACGCCGAACAAGUUUGCCCAGAGUGUUCGCGGCACGGCGGGUGACCCGAGCAAGCGACUUCCUGCUCAUCAGCGGAAAGGUAGCGUCGGACCGCGAAGUGUUUCUGUGCUUGGGGUGUCGUCUUCGUCGUAUCAGGCCCAUCACUUGAGUGAGGAGGAUGCGGGACCGGUUGACGUUCAGAGGACGCAGACUAAUGGGAGCGCUGGGUCUGGCUUCAGCCUCAGGGUGAGGCCAGCCUCACGGGCUGCGUCUAGAAUCGGGAGUCACGCCGUCAACAAUGAGGAGGUGGAGCGUCUCAAGGCCGAGCUGGAGGAUCGGGAGCGGCAGCUUAAGGAACAGGCGGCCACGCUGAUGGAGAUGGAGAGCAGCUUGACGGAGCUGCAGGGGUUGAUUGAGGGUUCCGAAGGGCAGAUGCAAGCCGGACGGCGAAACAGUCUGGACGACAAGGAUGCCAAUGCGCUACGGGCGGUGCUGAGAGAAAAGAAUGAAAAGAUUGCCAUGUUGACGGCCGAGUUUGACGCUCAUCGAGCCGACUUUCGGAGCACUAUUGACACGCUGGAGAUGGCGAGCACCGAGACGGAGAGGGUGUAUGAGAAGAAGAUUGAGGAGCUGAUGCAGGAGAUUCAGGAGCUGCAGGACAGGACGGCGGACGUGGAUACUGUGGCUAACCAGCUGAAGCAGUUGGAGGAGCUGGUGCAAGAGCUGGAGGAAGGGUUGGAGGAUGCGAGGAGGGGGGAGGCGGAGGCGAGGGGGGAGGUUGAGUUUUUGAGGGGCGAGGUGGAGAGGACGAGGUCGGAGCUGAGGAGGGAGAGGGAGAAGGCGCAGUUUGCUACGAAUGGGUUGGCGCGGGGGGGUGGAGGGGCGACGAGCAAGGAGUUGGAACAGAAGGAAGAUGAGAUUAGGGGGCUCAAGGCGAUUAUUCAUUCGUUGAGCAGGGAUGCUGUUCCGAACGGCGGGGAGAAUGGGGUGGUGGGUGCGGGUGCGGGUGCUGCUCAGCGGUCUGGAUCUGUUAGAUCACACCAAGGGGAGUCGAUUGAUGAUCGGUUGAGCAGGGAGAAAUUGGAGAGGGAGGUUGCCGAGCUCAGGGCCUUGGUGGAGAGCAAGAGCACGAGGGAGGAGACGCUGGAGAGGGAGCUGGAGACGUUGAGGAGGAGCGCGGUGAACUCGGGAGCGGCAGGGCAUCGCGGGAGUGCGGCCACCAUGACUGCUGGCAGUGGAAACGACAGGAAUUCUUACCGGGACUCUCGCGGGACUGUUGUGCUGGCUCCCCGAAGCCCGGAGCAUAAGCCUGCUGGUGGUGUCGGUAAGCACAGCAGAGGGAACACGCUGGACACGAUGCCCGAAAGCGACUCUUAUAGCACGGCCACGGGGGAUAGUACCCUCUGGUGCGAAAUCUGCGAGACGGCCGGGCAUGACAUUUUGACGUGUACCAACGUCUUUCCUGAUCAACAGUCGCAUCAUCAGACGAGGGACAGCAGCAAGACGCCUGAUGGGGGGGAGGGUGUGUCUGGUGGUGGGGCCAUGACUGAGGAUGUGAAGCUUCCUGCGCCGUUGAGCCCGGUCAAGGCUGCCAAGAGCAGUGCUGUUACUGCUGCUGUCACUGCUACUGCUGAUGAGGAGCAGCAGCAACCUACUAGUGCGGUGUCGGCGAUGGAGAAGCCGAUUAGGGUCAACAAAGAGACGGUUUUGGGGUCGGAGGAGCCGGCGGCUAGCAUGGAGGGGGGUGUGGUGGAUGAGCCGAUGUGGUGCGCGCUUUGUGAGAGGACCGGACAUGACAGUAUUAGUUGUCCUGAUGAGCAGUUUUGA